CAUGUUCGCUCUGUCAAUUUACUGUUUUAUUUUAAUAUUUAGGUUUGCGUGGAAUAACGUUUAAAAGCGUACGAUUUAAAUUAAAAUUUCAAUAAAAUUUGUCAAAUCACGAAAUGGCAUCUGCAUUAGUGCCCGAAAUUCCAGUUCCAGGAUUCUCGUUUGAGAAUUUUCAACGUAAUGCUUUUCUUGCUCAGAAAGGGUUUCCUGCACCCAAAGCCACCAAGACCGGUACUACAAUUGUUGGUAUAAUAUACGCAGACGGCGUUAUUCUAGGAGCUGACACAAGAGCCACUGAAAAUACAGUUGUCUCGGACAAAAACUGCCAAAAAAUCCACUACUUAGCAUCCAACAUGUAUUGUUGUGGAGCAGGAACAGCAGCUGACACUGAAAUGACAACACAAUCUGUUGCUUCACAAUUGGAGUUGCAGCGCUUACAUACUGGACGUACUGUACCUGUAGAAACUGCUGCCACACUGCUGAAACGAAUGCUAUUUCGCUAUCAAGGCCAUAUAGGGGCUGCUCUGGUUUUGGGAGGUGUUGACAGAACCGGUCCUCAUAUUUACUGCAUUUAUCCUCAUGGAUCUGUAGAUAAAUUACCAUAUGCAACCAUGGGAUCUGGAUCUCUUGCGGCUAUGGCAGUGUUUGAAGCAGGUUGGAAACGUGAUAUGAAUGAGGAAGAAGGAAAAAAGCUUGUCCGAGAUGCUAUUGCUGCUGGUAUAUUCAAUGACUUGGGUUCAGGUUCUAACGUUGACCUGUGCGUUAUUCGUAACACUGGCCCUGCCCAAUAUCUAAGAACUUAUGAAGAAGCUAAUGUGAAGGGGAAAAAGCAAGGUUCGUAUAGAUAUGCUCUUGGUACAACUGCUGUGCUUAAGCAGCGUGUAAUACCUCUCGAGGUAGAAUCUAUUUUGGUACGCCCAACAGAAGCAUUUCAGCCUAUGGAUGUGGAGCCUCAAACGAGUCGUUAAAUGUUAACAAUUAAUUUUGAAUAAAACAUUACUAUAAAAA